UCAUAUUUAUAAUCAGCACAAAGGAAAUUUCUAUUUUUAUCCGCCAUCGUCUGCUUUACAUUUGACGCAAAACUAUCUAAAAUGGCGGAUAAAAAGGAAAAUAAUCCGUUAAAAUUCAACAACAUAGAGCUCGAAGACUCUUUAAACCAUUUUCAUAAGAACACAAGAUAUAUCAAAACCCCUAUCAAAGUGACAGCAUGGAUUCUGAUAAUACUGAACGUAAUAAUGUUACUGUCGUUGCUUGUUUUGACCAUAAAAUGGAGGGAAUUAAGACAAGAUAGCAUGAAACCCCGGGAACAGACAGUAUGUGUAAAAUGUUCAGAAAUGGGGCUUGGUGUAAACGAACUUCCAGAGGGUAUAUCAAAAGAUAAAGAAUGCAAUUCAACCGACUGUAAUUGUUGUGGACAAACAAGCACUAUUUUAACUAGGAUGGUUUCAGAGGCCGUACAGGAAAGAUCAACAGAGGUUAGAUCAAGUCUAUACCCAUUGGUUAGUGAAGAAUGCAAAACAACUACCGAAGUAAUGCCAUCAGCACAAGUCAAUGGAGUGUUGAUGCCACAGACGGAGAGAGGUCAUGGCAACGUCAUUCACUGGUAUAGGGAAGAACCGUCGAUCCUGACCGACCUGAUUGAGUAUAAACAUGGCCGAUUGUCAGUCAAAAAGUCGGGCUUCUACUACAUAUUUUCACAGCUGACUUUUAAACACAGUCCACCGUCAAGAAAGAAAAGGAGUCAGUAUAAUACCAUUACAUUGCAUGAAGAUCUACCAAAUCAUUUGGACCAUUUCAUUUAUCAUACCUCGAGUGAAACGGGAAAACACGAGAAAAUUCUUGAAGGCAGUAAGUCACGUUGUGAGAUGCCAUCUCUGAAUGAUGAGAUAACGAGCUCUUUAGGGGCAGUGUUCUACUUAGCAUCAGGCGAUGAAGUUUUCGUGAAAGCUUCACAUCCUGGGUUUAUCUCACCAAGCAAGGAACGUAACAACUUUGGGUUAUAUAUGACAUAAAUUUUCCAAGGUCAUAAUUGUAUGAAGAAAGAUAAAAACAAAUUCUCAAAAAAUAAUCAAAUAUGUGCCAUUAAUUAACAAUAAGAGAUCUUAGAAAGCAACAGAGACGGUUGUGAUAUUAACGUGAGUGCAAUUAUUUUCUGACCAAAACAAUCAACGCCUAAAUAAUUAUUAUUAGGUAAGACAAAACAACAACAACGAACAAUUAGAUUACAAAACCAAAGUUGAUCAAGUGCGACUCAACUUAUAUUGAUUUAGAAAUUUAUUUGCUAUGACAUUUACAAUUUGUUAAAAUUUCUAGAUUAAUAUUUCCGAAAAGAGAUAAAAGUCAUCUCUCCUUUCUUAUAAAACGUGUAUAUGUGAUAAUGUUGAUAAAUAAACACACAUUACCUGAA